AUGGUGACGCAGGAGACGAGCAUAAUCUUCCCAAGAGGGAAGGUGACAUUUGACAUCGGGCGAUGCCCGCAGCGCGCGUGCUUCCAGCAGACGGUCCUGUUAAGUCACGCACAUCUGGACCACGUGGGAGGCCUGCCCUUCCACGUAUGUACUCGGGAGAUGCUGUCGCUGCCUGCGAGCCGUGUGGUCGUGCCCCAGGGUUUUGCAGCUGGUGUGAGAAAGCUGGUGGACGCUGCCCGUGAGCUUCAAGGCAGCCCUCCUCUCGACUACCAGGUAUUGGAGCUUCAGCUAGGUGAAGACCACGUGUUGCCCAGCGGCUAUCUCUGCCGCUGCUUCCCCACUACGCACACCAUUACAUCACAGGGCUAUGUGUUGUACAGUCAGCGACGUAAGCUCAAAGCGGAGCUACAAGGCAAGAGCCAGGAGGAGAUCCGGCAGCUGAGGUUGGCGGGCCAGGAUGUUACUGACACCGUGGCGGUACCGGAGAUCGCGUUCACGGGGGAUACUACCGCUGGAUUCCUGGAUGGUCCUGGGUGCGCAACGCUGGAAGAUGCGCUUAAGGCCCGAGUGUUGAUCAUGGAGAUGACGUUCCUCUGUGACGAUGUGACUGUCGACGAGGCACGUGAUAAGGGACAUAUGCACAUCGCAGACUUCGUGGCUAAUGCGCACAGAUUUCAGAACGAGGCAAUUGUUUUAAUCCAUUUCAGCCCACGCUACAAACGGACAGACAUCAUUACCACGCUCAAUACCAUGUUACCACCGUCGUUAAUGGCAAAAUGUGUACCGCUUCUUAACGGCAUCGAAUGAGGCGGACGGCUGGGGGUCACCAACGACCGCGGGGGCGAGCUGCAUGUAUUAGACACGUGUAAGGCAACCCACCGAUACCGAGUUUCCUAUACUAUAAUAUGAAAGGCCAUCGCCCAAGUCCCUCCUCACAAAACCCAAUGUAAGGACCAUGACGUCAGUCCAGGAGAAGCCGUCGUGUCCUCCGUUUGCCUAAUCUGAAGAAUGAACAGUAUUGCAACCGCUUUAAACUGAAAAAUGGACGAUCUUGCAACCGCCAAGCGGCCCAACAAGGCUACCGAGGACGCACAGCGCUCACAAGCAAUCAUGUCUACUCCUGCGCUAUGUACAUAUCCAGUGCAGCGCAUGCCAUGCAGACAGACGCCGACGGGACAAGCGGCGAGAUCGGCAGUCCGCAGUGCGGCGGUGACUGCCUAGCAAACAAUGAACCUUAGGAACCGCCCUUGCUUCCUUGGGCGAACCCUUAACCACGCUCUUGGUAACAAC